AUCAACGCAUUCCCUUUCCAGCUUCCUUUCUUUAUGUCCCAACCAAAGACCCAAAAACUGGGUUUCUCGACAUGAAAGCACCAGAACUACCGAUUCGUGUUGCCCUUCUCGGCGCCGGGAUCUUUGCUCGAAACGCCCACCUUCCGACUCUUGUAGCCCAUCCAAGCGUGUUUAAACUACAAGCGAUCUACAGUCGAUCCGAGGCGUCCGCCAGCAAAGUUGCUGAAUUGGUUCCAAAUGAUUACUUGCACGGCGCCCCCAAAGUUUAUUUUGAUCAAGGAGAGAAUGUAGAUGGAGAAAGGACUCUGGAUGCUCUCCUAUCGCGGGAGGAUGUGGAUGCUGUUGUGAUUUGCUUGCCAAGUGCCACACAGAUUAAAGUUAUCCAAAUGGCGUUGAAGCAUGGCAAGCAUGUCCUAAGCGAAAAGCCCGUUGCUACCGGGGUGCAAGAAGGCUUACAGUUGGUGAAAGAUUAUGAAAACGUGCUCAAAACUCGUGACGGCGGCCAUCUGAUAUGGCAAGUGGCCGAAAAUUGGCGGUGCGAACCAGCUGUAAUUUGGGCAUCCCAGUUGUUCUCGACGCUCGGAAAUGGACGAGUACGAACGUUUGCGCUCACAUGUUACCUUGAAACGAAAAAGGAUAAUCAGUAUGUAAAAACAGGCUGGAGGACGGGCGACGGCGCAACGCUUCCUGGUGGCUUUUUGAUGGAUGGGGGCGUGCAUUGGAUUGCUGUUUUAAGGGCAGUGGUUGCAUCAGCAGGAUGGAGAGUUGAUAGAGCCUGCGCUUUUGGAGGACUGUGGUUAGAUUACUGCGCCCCGAUGGAUUUUAUCAGUGGCAUUUUGCGAUUGCGACAAGGAGACGGAUCCCAAAGUGAAACUUUGCCAAGUGGGACAGUUAACAUGUGCUUUGCAGCGUCGGGCAAACCAUUCGAAAUAUCCUUGACGGUGGUAUGCGAAAGCGGUACGCUCUACUUUCAGGUAAAACCCGAUCCAAUUGACGGGACUCGAAAAUACUUUGUGUGGUGGGUCGCCGAAGGUGGCGAAAAGGUCGUAGAAAAAACUUUCGGGUUCAAUGGUAUCGAAGAAGAAUUUAGGACGUUUGCCAAAGCCAUUCUUCGGGUUCCAGAGCUGCCGAACGUCCGAAACAAUGAGUAUGGGCAAGGAGAUCUAUCACCGCGAGAAGCAUUGAUGGACGUUACCGUAAUUGAGGCCUUGUUAGAUAGUGCCGGAGUUGAUGGCAAACCCAUGGACGUACCAAAUAUGUUAGUUUUGUAACAGAAGCUGGUAAGACUUUGGGCAAACAAGUGAAAAAUAGGUGAUUCAAAUAGAGACUAAUAGGAGUCAGAAACACAAGUUAUCAUCUACAUCUACAUCCACUUCAUAUACUUCCGCUGGGAUAGCAGACAUCGGCACACCCUCAUCAUCAUUUGAGAGAGGAAAAUCAAUGUCCCAGUCAGCCGG